GUUAUAAUAUUAAUUUCUUUCUGGUUUUGUAAUUUGUAUGCCUAUUUCUUAUUGUUAUUACUUAUUGCACUGUUGUGCUCUUGAGCUCGUUAUCGUCUUGCCGUUUACGCUUACAUAAACAUAUCUAUCACAAUCGUUGUAAACAAAAUAUAAAUAUAUUGCCAUGGACAAAUUACUGUACGUCGUCUCGGCCACGCAUUUAGUUCUCUGCCCGUUCACCAAAGUCGAAGAAAGUUUCAACAUACAAGCAAUGCACGACAUUUUGUACUUGAAAAGUAAUUUAUCCCAGUAUGAUCAUUUAGAAUUUCCUGGGGUUGUACCAAGGACAUUUUUGGGUCCACUGUUCAUAUCAAUAUUGUCAUUUCCAUUUUCUAUUGUUUUUAAAUAUCUUCAGUUCAAUAAAAUGUUCAAUCAAUUAUUAGUUCGUGCAGUGUUAAGUAUUGUAGUAGUUACAAGUAUCAAAUACUUUAAUAAAAGCAUUUCAAAAGUAUUUGGAAAUGGUGUUGGAAAUUGGUUUAUAAUCUUAACAGCAUCACAAUACCAUUUAAUGUUUUAUUCAAGUCGUCCACUCCCUAAUAUCAUGGCAUUUCCUUUAGUAAUGGUAGCAUUGAGUUCUUGGAUUAGAGGAAAACAUACUUUAUUAAUAUGGAGUUCGGCGAUUGCUGUUUUAAUUUUCCGUUCAGAAUUGGUUAUUUAUCUUGGUAUUAUUAUACUGAUGGAAUUGUUUUAUAAACGUCUUAAAUUAUUCCGGGGAUUAAAACUUGGAUUUUUGGCGGCUGUAACUGUUUUGACCACAAGUAUUGUCAUUGACUCUAUAUUUUGGGAUCGCUUAGUGUGGCCUGAAGGAGAAGUUUUAUGGUUUAAUACAGUACUCAAUAAAAGCAGCGAAUGGGGUACUAAACCAUUUUUAUGGUACUUUUAUUCAGCAAUACCACGAGGUGUUGCACUUUCUUUAUUGUUCAUACCAUUUGGUGUGUUAUACGAUAUUCGAGUAACAAGACUUCUUAUUCCGACAUUGAUGUUUGUACUGAUUUAUUCGAUACUACCACAUAAAGAGCUUCGGUUUAUCAUUUAUAUAAUUCCAGUUUUAAACGUAUCUACUGCUUCCAUUUGCAAUAAAGUGUAUGUUCAACUGUUAAAACUAAACUACUAUCUAGUUAAUAAGAUUAACUUUUUUACUGUUUACAGAUGGCAAACUAGGUUUAAACCAAAAGGAUUCAAAAAUGUACUUGCACUUUUAUUCUGUACUGGUCAUAUUAUUGGGAAUUUAGUUUUUACAAUAUUUCUAAUGAGUGCAUCAAUUAAAAAUUAUCCAGGAGGCCAUGCAAUGACACUAUUACACACAUUUGAAAACAAUCAUUUAGAUGCUAAUUAUAGUAUACACAUUGACAAUUAUGCAGCACAAACUGGAGUAACUCGUUUUACACAACUCAGUGAUCAUUGGACGUAUAGUAAAAAAGAAAAUCUGAAACCUGGAUGUGAAGAGCUUAUGUCUUUCACACAUUUAAUUGUUGGAUCAAGUAGCCGAGAUAAUGAAGAAAUGCUGCAUUACAAAAAUACUCAUAGUGUCAUGUCUACAGUACAAGGAUUUUCACAUGUAUCAUUUAAUUAUAAUACUUUUCCACCAUUAAAAAUCAAAACUAAAACACAAAUAUUUUUGUUAAAAAAAAAUAAUAUUAAAUCAGGUGUUAAGCAAAAUAUAAAGAAAAUUGUUGAAGAAUUCAAAAACGAACAACAUUCAGAAAAAAAAAAUGAUUUAAACUUAGAUUUAAUAGAUAAAACUACUAAAAGAAAUAAGCAUAAACAAAAAUAAAUUAAAAUUCAGUUCGUAAUAAAACAAACUGUAAUGAACUUAUUAUACCUAAUAUCAUAUUUCCUCGUAAAAAUAAAAAUAAA